AUGACGGUGACGACUACCGGUGGUUCGACUGUCGAUUUCGACGAUGUCUGCAAGGACGAUGAAUUGCGCGUGAAUUUGUUUUAUGUGACAGUAGACUUGCGCUGCAUCUACCGAACUCCCGCUUCCCUCGCCCUUCUGAACGCAGCCUCGGAUCUGGAUCGCUUACUUGUCCACCACCUCUCUCUUGCUCGUGAUGGCGGUAUUCUUGACUGGGACGAUCAUGUUUCCGAAGUUCUUGAUGACCGCGAACAGGUAUACAUUCAAGAUUACCUGCAGUUUUUAUCCCGUCUGUCCUACUCAUUUUUCUAA